UCCAUGAAUGAACCCUCUGCCGCUAGUGCUAAGCUAGGGCAUUGGCUGAAAUCUCCAUAAGAUUUUGAGCUUCCCUGGAACCCCUAAACUCCUUCGAUGAGUUUGAUCGCCGGUUCGUACGAGAAAUUCAUAUGGGGCUUCAAGCUCAAGCCUUUGAAGCACCCUUCUGACGAUGGGAAAACCCUGUCUUUGACCCGCCUCUUCUCCUACCCUUCCCACCUCUCCCCCAUCUCCACCGUCGCCGCCGCCGGCCCCGUCGCGGCUUCUGGGGGUGGCGAUGACACCGUCCACAUCUACGACAUCGCCGCCGCCGCCUCCCUCGGCUCCCUCCACCACCACUCCGCCUCUGUCACAGCUCUCGAGUUCUACACGCCGCCGAACCUCUCCUACCCCCGCAACCUCCUCUCAGCAGCCGCCGACGGGUCCCUCUCGAUCUUCGAUGCCGACCCUUUCGUCCACCUGAAGACCCUCUGGGCCCACAAGAAGGGGGCAGGGGUCAACAGCGUGUCGGUGCACCCAUCGGGGAAGCUGGCAUUGACCGUGGGGCGGGAUGAGUGCUUGGGGAUGGUCAAUUUGGUGAGAGGGAAGAGGAAGUUUUACUGCAGACUAGGAAAGGAGGCGACUUUGGUGAAGUUUGACUUGAGUGGGGAGAGGUUUUUCAUGGUUAUGGAGGAGAAGGUUGGGGUUCAUGAGGCUGAGGAUGCGAGGCUUGUCUGGGAAUUGGAGAAUCAGAAAAGGGUUCUCUGUGCUGCCCCUGGAGAGGGUGGGCUCUUAUAUACGGGUGGAGAGGACCGCAAUAUUACUGCAUGGGACACGAAGAGCGGGAAGGUCGCAUAUUGUAUCGAGGAUGCGCAUGCUUUCCGUGUAAAAGGUCUUGUUGUGCUAAGCAGGAGAACUGAUCCCAGUGAGGCUGAUGAUCCAUAUCUGGUUGCUUCCGCAUCGUCAGAUGGGGUAAUAAGGGUCUGGGAUGUCCGAAUGGCCAUGAAGGAGAAGCCAAAUCCUUUAGCUGAGGCCAACACAAAAUCAAGGCUCACUUGUCUUGCUGGAACAUCUCUCAAAUCUCUCAAGCGCCCGCAGCUCAGCUCAAAAGGGGAGCAGGACAUGGCCGUUGAAGAAUCAUAAUCUUCUGGAAUGCUUAUAGUUGUUAUCGGAGGAACUCAAGAGCUUUACCAAGCUUCUUCUGGGUUCCCUGUGGAUCCUGUUUCAUUAGCUGGCUCGUUGUUUUCGCUACAAAAUUUUGACACUUCUAUGUAUCUGUUGAUAGCAAAUCGUUUGGUAUAUGGUACGAUCAAUCAUUCAAAUCUGAUAUUGGUACUCGGGAA